AUGACUGACCAUAAGAUUCCGCUGGAGAGCCUGCCCAACCUAGAUGAAAUUGAAGAUAUCGCAACCAGAAACGUGAGCAAAAAGGCUUGGGCAUAUUAUUACUCCGCAUCCGACGACAAGAUCAGCAAGCGCCUCAACUCCGAGGUCUUCCGCUCUAUACAAUUGAGACCAAGAACCUUCAUAGAUUGCACAGAAUGCAAUCUGAGUACUGAGCUGCUAGGCAACAAUGUGUCUAUCCCGAUUUAUAUAUCCCCGGCAGCCAUGGCCCGCCUGGGGCAUCCCUCAGGCGAGGCUGGUAUCGCAGAAGCCUGCCGCAGCUAUGGUGCGAUGCAAAUAAUUUCGAACAAUGCUUCUAUGACCCCGGAGCAGAUUGUUGCAAAUGCGGCCCCGGACCAAGUAUUUGGGUGGCAGCUGUAUGUGCAAGACGACCGAAGCAAGAGUGAACGGAUGCUAGCUCGAAUCAAUAAUCUGAGUGCGAUCAAGUUUAUUGCGCUGACGCUUGAUUCUCCUGUUACUGGGAAAAGGGAAGACGAUGAGCGCAGUGGCAAUAUUCUCAACACUAUGGUGGAAUCGAGCUCGACGGAAGCUGUGUACCAAGAAGUUGAUGAGAAUGAUUCUUCUAUGCCUGCUAAACCAACAGAGGAUCAAACUUUUACCGGCCUAGAUCCUUCUCUCACAUGGAAAGAGACUUUGUCAUGGUUGGAGAGGCACACGACAUUGCCGGUGGUUCUCAAGGGCGUGCAAACCCACGAAGACGCUUACAUUGCCGCCUCAUACGCGCCUCAAGUAAAAGGAAUAAUUCUCUCAAACCACGGUGGUCGAUCUCUUGAUACUGCUCCUCCCGCUGUUCACACCCUACUUGAGAUUCGAGAGUACUGUCCUGGAGUUUUUGACAAUAUCGAUGUUUGGGUUGACGGCGGUAUCAAGAGGGGAACGGAUGUCGUUAAAGCGAUUUGCUUAGGCGCAAGAGGAGUUGGUAUUGGAAGAGCUGCCCUUUGGGGCUUAGGAGCCGGAGGCGUGGAAGGUGUAAAGAGGACGCUACAGAUUCUCACGGAUGAAACCAAGACGUGCAUGCGCCUUCUUGGUGUACAAAAUGUCAAUGAGCUUGGAAGGCAACAUAUCAAUGCUCGGCUGGUGAAGCAACAGAUUUAUAAUGGGCCAUCGGGCCUCGAGGCCUGCCAGACCAAGCUCCGAUCAAAGCUUUAA